AUGUCAGAUGCAGAAACCAUUGACAGUCAGGUUGACUUCUUCACCAAACACGCCAAGAAAUCCACCAAGAAGAAGAAGCAGCGCGGCAAGGCUAGCAAGGCUAGUAAGGCUGGCACAGGCCACAAAGCCAAGCGCGACACGGUCAAGGGCCCCGCAGGCAAGGGCAGCGGAGGCAAAUCCAGCGGGUCGUCAACAAAGGUGUUCUUCAUUGAUGACAAUGACGGAUAUGUCUUAACGCCGCAUCUCAAGGGCUGGAAGGAGGCCACCAAGAAGUCUGAUGCGGCAGCGAAGCAGGCUUUGCUCAACAUGGCAACUGCUGACCUAUUAGAGGGUAACGAAGAUGAUGACGUCAAUGAAGGUGAUGCUCGGGAGGCGGUUGAAGACUGGUUAAACAUUCGCAGUCGACCUAAGCGAAAGCCUGGCAAGAGUUACACUGCCUGGGCAUUAAUUGAUCAUAUUUAUGGGCCGAAGAUUAAAGCCCGCCUACCAAAGCUAUGGAAGCAGCUUCAUCCUGACAAGCCCCUGCCGACACCAGACAAGCUGAACGGCAACAUGGGAUUGUGGAGUCAAGCGCGGUCACUGGUUAAGAAGAAGCUCACCAAGAAAGAGAAAGCAAUGCUCCAGGUGCUUGCGGAUGACUGGAACGAGAAAGGAGCACCUGGAGAUGUCAAGUUUCAGCACUGGCGCAAGGGAUACGCCAAAUUUCAGAGAGAUGUCGUCAGGGUCGGCAAGGAGUGGUACGGAGCUGACAUUUUGAUGUUCUCUGGCACGCGGGAGCCAGGGAAAAAGGAACCAGAGCUGAGCUGCUCUGAAGCCUAUGUCUCGGGCCCGGCAACAUUUUUGGGUUGGUCAGGGCAGCAUUACUAUGAGCUCCCCGUGUGGGAUGACUGGUGUGCCUUCCAGUCCCUUACCCAAGCUGAGGUUGCUGCAGAGGAACGUGUGGCAGAGUUGCGGAGUAAAGGGAAAAUACGUCCAUCCAAGGACACACCGCCUCCUAUUAAACGCCUUCCUGAUGGAUACCCAGUCAUUCCAAAGCCUCAGACCCUUGCCGUGCCUGUGCAAAAACAAUUCCGCCAUACACUCAAUGCAGUUUUCUCAUAUCAACUAGGACAAUUGGGUGGGCGUGACACUGUGCCUUGGGGUGCCGUCCGUGACCGUUUUGGGGAUCAUUUUGACACAAAAUAUUUCCCAACCAAUAAGUGGGGAUUUAUCCGCGACCCGUCCAAGAUGAGUGCGAAGACAUGCCGUACCCUUCUCGCCCACUGGAGGGUCAACCAAAAAGUGCACAAGCACCCUGUUCGAUUUCAGCAGUCAUUCAUCAACGAGCGAUUGGGUGCUGGGGACGGCAACAUGGGAGUGGAGGAUGAAGUGAAUACCUGCGGUGCCGGAGCUGGCAUAAAGGGAGGAAAACGCGGUCAGGCCUCAAACAAUGAAGACGACCAGGACGAGGAUGACAAUGACAAAGAGGAUGACAACGAAGGCGGCGAAGAAGAUGGGAGCAACAAAAAAGGGGAUGAUGAAGAUGAGGACAAUGAAGACGAGGACAAUGAAGACGGGGACGAUGGAGAUGGGGACAAUGAAGACGGGGACGAUGAAGACAAGGACAAUGAAGACGAGGACAAUGAAGACGAGGACAAUGAAGACGUGGACAACAAAGACAAGGAAGACGACAAUGACCAAGAGGACGCCGCAGAUAAAGGAAGCUCCACCGAAGAAGGCACUGACGAUGAAGGCGCUGCCGAUGAAGACGAGGCAAAAGAGCGCAAUGUAGACGAAGACGGGGUCGAUCAAGAUGAAGUAAAUGAGGACACAGACGAGGACGUCGCGGAACAAGGGGAGGGCGGAGCAGGACAUGAGCCCGGCAGCGAUGAUUGCCAAGCGGCAGACGUGGAAGGUGCUGCUGAUGGAGGUCACCCUCUCGUGCAGGGCACCGAUAUGGAAGUAGAAUUGAUAUUUGACAGUGAUGAUGAUAGCGAUGACGAAGACGAAAUCAAUCGUCAGCUGGCUGUGAUAUCCACGCCCCGUCAAGCAAAUCUCUCAAAUGCCCCGCCGCAUUAUGUUGACACGUGGACACCUCCGGCAACACCUCCAAGUCAUGCUACAGACAGUGAUGGAGCCGACAUGUCCGAUUUGGAAUUUCCUGAUCUAGGAUUUGACGUGAAUGCCAUCCUCCUUGACACAGAUGAGAGCGAUGCCCCGCUCCGCCUCAGCAACUUUGAAGAUGAGGCGCCCCGCCCCCGUCAAGCUGUAGUCGCAGAUGACAGCGACGAAGAGCUCGUGCCAGCCCGAGUACGAGCUAGGUGUCAGCCUACAAGUGAAGAGGAUCCAAUGGUGCUGGCCCCAUCGCGGUUCAAGCGUCGCCCAUCAGCAACGCCAAUGAGUUCGCCACCGCCACGUCUAAGAAAACCUAGCGAGAAGCUGAAAGCGUCUCUCAACACGAAGACCUUGGAGGCCGAUGACAGCCUGUCUGAAUCCGCCUGUCGAAAGGGUGCUAGGAGAACCAAGGCUACAGGAAGUGGUGAAGCUGUCAGAGCUGACAUUGCUGCGAGGGUCUCGGCAGCGGCAUCCAAGCCACCCAUGGCAGCAUCAAAGCCCCUCUGCAAGCAGCGAAGGGGCAAGCUCGCGUCCCGAUGGAUAAGCAAGGAGCCAGAGCUGUUAGCACGGGAACAUGGAGUCAAAAAGAAAAGGAAGCGUGAGGGUGAAGAUGUGCUGCCGACAAGGCCAGCGAAAAAGACCAUUAACAGAGAUAAAAACAGCGCAAACGUAGGAAGAGAACCGCGUUCAAAUAGUGGACGCAAAAAUAGCAAGGCCAAGACCAAGUACACACAACAUUCAUCGGCAGCAAGGUCGGCAGAGGGUCAGAAGCAAAAGCAGUCACAACAACAUGGAAAGGGGAAGGGGUAG